CCGGCAGCGACCGCGACCGCACGGCCACCUGAGCACCAGCCGCGAGCUGCGUCCCGACCGCCUCGCUCCCUCGCUCGCUCGCGGCCCGGGGCGGCGCGGACAUGGGCGCCAAGCAGAGCGGCCCCGCCGCCAACGGCCGCACCCGCGCCUACUCGGGCUCGGACCUGCCCUCCGGCAGCGGCGGCGGCGGCGGCGGGGCGGACGGCGCUCGGGCGGCCCGGUUCGCCGCCCCGGUGCCCGGCGCGCAGCAGCCCAGUGCUUCGGCCGGCGCGGCGGCAGCGGCGGCGGCAGCCUCGGCCCCGACAGCCUCGGCCCCGACAGCGCCCCGCAGCCGCUCGCUCGGAGGGGCGGUGGGUAGCGCGGCGGGCGGCCGCGCGGCUCAGUCGGCCUUCAGCAUCCCCGCCGGCGGCGGCAGCGGCAGUGGCCCAUACGGCUCGCAGGACUCGGUGCACAGUAGCCCGGAGGACGGCGGCGGCGGCGGCGCUAGGGACCGGGACCGGCCAACGGGCGGGGGCCCUGGCGGGCCGCGCCUGGUGAUCGGCUCGCUACCGGCCCACCUUUCCCCGCACUUGUUUGGAGGAUUUAAGUGCCCGGUAUGCUCAAAAUUUGUACCCUCAGAUGAAAUGGAUUUGCAUCUUGUGAUGUGUUUAACAAAGCCAAGAAUAACAUAUAAUGAGGAUGUGCUGAGUAAAGAUGCUGGGGAAUGUGCAAUAUGCCUUGAAGAAUUGCAGCAGGGAGACACCAUAGCACGACUGCCUUGCCUGUGUAUAUAUCAUAAAGGCUGCAUAGAUGAAUGGUUUGAAGUAAAUAGAUCUUGUCCAGAGCACCCUUCAGAUUAAGCAUCAGAUUCCUGUGUUAUGGGUUUCUUGUCUUUUCAAGAUGCUUGAGAAAUCUAGAAGAUUUGAAGAUCUGGCUCUGGAAAACAAAUGAAAACUGCAGGCUUUCUCAGUCAGGAUCUGAGUUCUGUGACACUCGGUAGUCCAGUGAUGGUCAAGGAACCACAGAACUCAGUGUACCAAACUUGCAUAUAAGGGACACACAGGGAUUUUGAAAAUGCUGCACAUCCUGUACUAGUCACUGCGUAGAUAAUACUGAUGAACAUUUUGUAUUCAGACGCCAAAGUUAACUAAUUUCAAAGUUGAUUUACUUUUUAUUAAGUUCUGUAGAGCUGCUGUUUUAUUGUAUUUGUUUUGUUUGUUUGUUUUUCGUUUGGGGACUUUUUAUUUUCCCCAACAUAAUGUUUCUGCAUUUACCUAUUCUUAACUUGAAAACCACCCAACUUAGUUCUUACAAACUCUUCAAUGUGAAACCAAGAAAUGUAAUCAAAACAGUUAAAAUAUUCUGUGAAUGGAGAGAGAAUAGUCUCAAGUUCUUCCAUUUGUUUCCCCAUGUGUGAAAACUAGGUUUUUGGGUAGGAGAACUAAAAUAUGUUAGUAGUUUGAGUUAAAGGUUUAAUAUUAUUAAAAAAAGCAAAUGCCAUCCAAAGAGUAAAUCAAGUAACAUAAUUACAUUUUAGUUGAUUAAAUGUAGAACUGUCUACUGAAUUGCAGUUUCUGAAAUACAUUGUUUCUUCUGAAAUAAAACUGCGCAAUAGCUUGUUAGCAGUGACCAUCCUGCAGCUAUGCAACUUUGAAAAGUCCAGAUUUGCAGGUCUUUGUGCUGGGGCCGCAGUGACUGUCCUAACGGGGAUCUCUCCUUCCUUUCAUGUAACUACUUCAUUGUGCUUUGCAUUUCCAGGCAGUUUUCCCAUGUUUGGUAAAAUGUUUAGCAAGCUGUAAACUUAAUACCUUAUGAAAAGGGUGAAAUAAACACGUCUGCAGUGGGACUUGUAGUAAUUUGAGGGACAUUUUAUAUACUUUUAAAAAUCAGAAUUUAAUUGGGAUGCCAGAUUUCUAGCAACUUGCAUCUUUAGUUUUCCAGAUAGUCUGGAAGUUAGCAUUUGAUAAAUGAUUUUUAAGCAAAUAUAAAGAUUUUGUUAAUUUAUAAUUUAUUAAUGUGUUGUUACUGUAAUUGAAAAUGUUGUGGAUACUUUUAAAUUGAGUCUUUGUAGAAAGAACUGUAUUAAGCAAAAUUAUGUGAAUAAAUAUUCCCCCAAAUACAUCUGAUGGUUAAGAAUACUGAAGAGACCUAUCAGGGCUACAGCAGUGAAUGUCUUUUUAAAUCAUUAUCAAAAUAUCAGUAAGUAGGUUUCACGUUUGGUCUCCUUGGGAGAUUGCUGCUUCUGGUCUAGUCCACACUGCACAGUCCGCUUCUCUGCUGAGCUGUCCUGGGUGAUGCAGUGUGUGCUUCCUGAUGCUGAUGCUCUUGCCGGCCCCCCCCGCCCCAUUUGUUCCCGAGCCCUGUUGCUUCUGCUGCUGCUUUUCCAAAGGAGUGAGGGCAAGAGGGGCGGGGGCAGGGCAUAACUGUGUUGCUUUCCUGCGGUUGUAGGCUAGAUGAUAGUACCUUCCUGAAGUUACACACCAUCGGCUACCUGUGUGGUCAGUGGUCAGCCCAGCAGAACCUGAGUGUGAGGGCUGCCAGUAUAGCUCCGUAGCUGCCCCCCCGCCCCCCCCCCCCGUCCAGUUAUAGGAAGUUACUCUUCCCUCAAGGAAAAUUUUCUUUCCUUAAAGUUUUCCUGUUAAUAUGAAAUCUGAAUCCAUUUUACUUCAUCUUUGAGUUUGUAUGCUUUCCUCUCCCCUCUGAUUUCCCCUCAGGGAAGAGCUCUUAGGAUGUGAAUAGUCAUUUGGCUUCCUACUACUGCUGUAUCGUGGUAAGAAUUGCUUCUGCCGUUUGCUCUUCUUGGAGAGCAACUGGUAAUGACUAAAUGUUUAGGAGCCCCUGGAAGGUGAUCUGCUUUGUGCCAAGCUCAGCCUCUUGGACAUCUCGGCCUAAGUUCACCGCCCUCUCUUCACACUGUCCUUCAGCCGUCUUCGUCGCUUCCGUCUGCGCCUGCUGCCUCCAAGCUCCUGUGGUGUUAGACUCAAUGCUGCCAUGUCGAGGACACUGACGGACUACACCUGUCUGGACAGUAUUUACUGACAUCCAGUAAAACAGCCCUUAUCUUCCCCUCAAAUUUUAUAAAGUUGGCAUUUUUACUUUAUAUUCUGUCUGCAGUGAUUUCCUAUAAAGAAUAAUUUAGAAAUAAAAGAAUGGAGAGGAGCUCAGAUGUUCCAGUUUCUGCUCAAGGUUACUAUUCUGCGAAUGUUCUGUAAGUGAUACUUUAUAUAACAUUGCUUAUAAUAUUUAUCAGUCUGUAUGCAGACACUGAGCAACAGUCAUAAAAUUAUACUAGCUAUUUGAAUAUUUAUCUGCAACUACUGACAGUAAGUACUAUGAAGAUGGAAUAAAAAUUGGGAUCCUCACUUACCCAGCCAGUCAUCACCUUCUAGAAUCUUUGUAAAUGUUCUUCAAAUGAGGUCACACGUGUGUGGAGAAGUAGAUUUUCUAUAGUUCCAGUCUGUCCAAGUUGAAUUUAUUGCAAAUUUUUAUACUACUUUUAUCUGGCUUUUUAUUUCCUCUUUGCCAGGAAAUGUAAGAGAAGCACUAUUCCCUUUAGAAAACCAUUCUCUUUCUUUGACUCCUCUCUAGAGAAAAAGACAAUGAUUUCCAAACCUAGUUACAAAGCAGACUGUAGGGUUGUUUUAAGAAACUGAUUGUGUGUGUGGUAGGGUCAUGUUGACUGGGAGUGGAUAGCUUUAGGCUCUUCAGUGCAAGUCUUUGCAUUCUUAAAUGUUACCCAGUUACUCUGGUUUUCACCAGCUUAGACACUAGGAUGCAGCCCAGAAUAACCAAGGAUGAGCCCGAGCAUAGCUACAGGAUGCAGAGCAAGGCUGUUUCCACCCGAGCAUGUCAGAAAUGCCAGAACUUUCCAGACUUGACUUCACACUGUAGCUCUGAGUCUUGCUAUGGUGAACUUUCGGAGCACUCAUGUCCCACCGGACAUGGUGGCUCAUGCCACACUCAGGAAACUGAGGUAGGAGGAUUGUCACAAGGUCCAGGCUGGCCUGGACUACAAAGUGAGUUCUAGACUAGCCUGUCUUUAAAAAAAAAACAAACAAAAGCAAUCAUUUUAAUAUGUCUCAGCAAGGCAUAUUCCUUUCAGGGAAAGGGAUCAUGAAUUCAAUGUAAAUAGUGCCUGCUUUUCUGUGCUGACUUGUGUGAAAUAAGGGAUUUCUGCAACAGUAAGCUAACAGCAAGCAGAGCAUGAAACUCUUAAGUCGAGAACCGUUGUGUUUUGUAAUCUGCUAGGUGCACUGUGUGUUGACCGUAGGAUCAGGAUAGCCUAUGCUUCACACAGGAGAUUUCCAUCUAAACCAAAUCAGCUCGUCAGAACCAUACAGAGGGACUUAGAGGCAAAUGACACUGUUGUCGGCCAUGCUGUUUGCUGGUUGUGGGUGCUCUGGUGCAUUCAGCCAUGUUUCUGUGGGUUUGGUUUGCCCUGGCGUAAACUCACUGACAGUGAGAGAGAACUGUCCAUUCUUACUCACUGUACAGAUAUUUUAACUUGAUUUUUAAAAUUCUAGCAUGUCAGUACUUUGGAGCCCAUUCUCCUAUUUUUCCUAAAAUAUGUAACUUCUGAUAUUUUCUUAGCUGUGUGAUAUGACAGUAGUUGCCUGUUUCUCUGUCUUCUUUCUCCUUCCCACACCUGCUGAGUCUGAAGUCACUGAUGAAACGUUUUUGGUGAUAAUGUACCCAAUUAAUACUUUCUACCAUAUUCUGAAAAUGUUGUGCUUACGCUAGGAAAUAGAAUUUUUUUAAAUCAGAGUUCUGUCUUAAAUGGAAAAUACCUGGUCUCCUAGGACUUUCUCUGAGAAAUAAAAGGCCUUGAAAUGUUCAUAUUUAGUUUCAUUUUAAUAUGCACUGACACUGUCCUCACAGGUUUAUUAUCAGAUGUUCAAACUAUUCUUAAUUUUUUGAUCAGUGGCUGAUAAUAAGGUAGUAGUUGUUGUUUUAGUUUGGUCUCUUUGUUUAUUGAGAAGCAAAGAGCAGUUGGUAUGAACUAACAUCCCCAUAAAAAAUGAAGAAUGUGAUACUGUAGCAUUUAUUAACAUUGUUUCUUAGCUCUGGCCCUGGGCCAUGGGGAUCUCAAGAUUGGACAUAAAAAGUAAAUUCUUCUGUCACUGAGGAGUCAUUUCUGAUUUAGUAAGUUGGAGUUGACAUGGGCCAUCAUUUAUUUGGGAAAUUUCACAACUGCUUGCCUUUUUGCGAGCAGUAACUGUGGCACCAGAAAUGCUUCCUUCCUUAGUCAAGCAAGUGUGCCUCUGGUAUCCAAGCACGGGAGAGGCAGAGGUGAGGAUCUCAGGUUUGAAGCCAGUUUGGGCUACACAGUGAGCUUGAGGCCAGCCUGAACUACAAAAUGACAGCAUGCUCAAAGUUUGAUUGUAGUCUUGUUACACUGUUUGGGUGUCGGAGGACAGUUGGGAGACUGGUCUAGGAAGAAACAGCAGGAACAUUGCAUUUGGUGGCACUGAUUAACAGUUUGUUGCAUUUCUUUGCAGAUGACUUGAUUGAAAAUCACAGUAUUUACCUCUAUUGAUUUGUUCCUGGUUUCCACAACUCUUCUAUAAUACCUCUUAAUUUCCUCUAUUAGAAAGUAUUUAAUUGUUCUUGUUAAAUAAGGUCCUGGAAGCACUGAUCACAAGAAACAUAGAAAAUGUAUUAGGAACAGCUUGUAUUAGUGGGAUCUAAACAGAAAGGGAACAGUUAGUUCAUCAUCUAUAUUUUAAUAAAUAUUCCAAUUGAUCUUGUUAAACUCUCCUGUUCUUUAGAAGUAGAAGGCACGAAUGCUCUCAAAGGAAGUUGUCAUGCCCUACUUUAUGUCUUUAAGUUGACAGUGUAUUACAAUAAAAUAUUUGAAUGCUGAAAA